CCUCUCCCUCCACCCUCCUCCUCCUCUACCGGCCCUCUCCAUCAGUGCUCCGCGGCAGACGAAGCAGACCUCCGGGAAGGGAAGGCAGCGUGGAUGGUAACCCUCCUACAUCUGUGUGAAUGGGAAUGAGCCGCACCGUACCGGGCAGGAAUGAUGGAGACUGUCCCCUCAUAGUUACUGGAACUUAUUUCUCCUCCCGUGCAGAAGGAAACUAAACGCGUGUGCCUGCUGUGCGCUGGGAUUUCUCUUCUCUCUUUUUUUUCUUCUUGGGAUCCAAGUCGGAUUGGAUCGGGAAGGGGAGGGUUAUUUUUGAGGAGAGGAGAGGUUGUUUCAGCCCUCUCCCUCCUCCUCGGCAUCAUCCUCCUGACUCGUCACCCCGUGGCUGUGAAUCUUCUUAUUUAGAUUUUUCAUUGACAGUUGGAUCGUGUGGAGGAUUUCUGAAAAAAAAUCCGACAGCAGGAUUUGUGGGUUUUUUGCUGCUGUGGUUCCUCGGGCUCAUCGGGACUGGACGAGGGCAGCAUGGAGCCGGUUCUGGUAGGAUGUAUUGGUGAUAUUUGGGAGGUGUUGGUGCUGAGGAGGAGGAGGAGGACAGAAGGACUCCACCUGCUGAUGCUCUGCUGGCUGCUGGCUGCUCACCUCACAGCGCACGCCUCAGACACCUCGCCAUCCUCCUCGUCAUCCCUCUUAUCUACUCUUGGAGGUUUUGUGGACUUCACUUUCACCCAGGAGCCUCAGGACACAGUGACUGUGCGUGGUGGUGUGCUGCAGCUCGAUUGCCAAGCACAGUCAGACGCAGUGGCAGAACCUCCCACUAUCACAUGGCGUAAGGAUGGCGUGCUGCUGAGUGCGGUGGUGGACGAGCGGCGUUGGCAACUGGCUAACGGCUCGCUGCUAGUGCAGAACAUUGUGCACUCACGGCACCACCGGCCUGACGAGGGCAAAUAUCAGUGCCUCGCCACACUGGAAGGACUGGGGAGCAUUGUUAGCCGGACCGCCAAGGUCACUGUGGCUGGUCCAUUGAAGGUGGUUGUCCCCACUGAGUCCGUCUCCUCAUACCUUGGCGACACCGCCCUGCUGCGCUGUGAGGUUUCGGGUGACCCAACGCCUAUCAUCCGCUGGCAGAAGAACAGGGAGGACCUGCCACUGACCUUUGACCCUGACUCCCGCCUAGCAACAUUGCCAUCGGGCUCGCUGCAGGUCAGCCGCGUCCAGCCGCCGGACUCGGCCACAUACCGCUGUCUUGCUGACAACCCUGGCAGCACCAGGACGGGGACGGACGCAGAGCUCCGUGUGCUCCCAGAACCCGGGGUGAGCCGGAACCUCCAGUUCCUCCAGCGUCCGUCCAGAGUGACGGCUCUGCUGGGAGCUGAUGCCGUGUUGGAAUGUUCUGCCUCUGGAUACCCAACUCCAGGCAUCCAGUGGAGGAGAGGAGAGGAACUGAUCCAGAGCUGGAAUAAGAAGUUCUCUCUGCUGGCGGGCAGUAAUCUGAUCAUCAGGAGUGUCACUGACGAUGACUCUGGCAUUUACAGCUGCACAGCAUCCAACAAGAACCACAACAUCACUGCAAACGCAGAGCUGACUGUAUUGGUGCCUCCUCAGUUCCUGAACUACCCAACCAACACGUAUGCCUACGAGUCAACUGACAUUGAGCUGGAGUGCGCUGUGACAGGAAGCCCACCGCUGACUGUGCACUGGAUGAAGAAUGGAGAGGAAGUCAUCCCCAGCGACUACUUCCAGAUAGUGGAUGGCAGUAACCUUCAGAUUUUGGGUUUGGUGAAGUCAGAUGAAGGAUUUUAUCAGUGUGUCGCUGAAAACUCAGCUGGCAGCUCACAGGCGAUGGCUCAGCUGCUGCUCCGAGAGCCAGUGUCCCCCAGCCCAGGCGUUGCCCUCCCCUCUGCCCCCCGCGACCUGGUCUCUGUCCUUGUCUCAAGCCGAUUUGUCCGACUCAGCUGGCGCCCUCCGGAGGAGAUGGGAGGAGCUGUGCAGACCUAUGGCAUUUAUUACUCCCAGGACGGUGUCGAGAGGGAGCGGUCAGUGAACGUGUCCGAGCCAGAGUCCCUAGAGCUGACAGUCUCAAACCUGAAACCAGAAGAGAGCUACAGCUUCAGAGUCAUUGCUUACAAUGACAUGGGCCCAGGAGAGAGCUCUGCCCCCCUGAGGAUCACCACCAAACCCGACCUCCAGGUUCCCAGCAGGGUAGAGUCUCUCCAGGCUGAGGCUCUGUCACCCACCUCAGUCCAGGUGAGCUGGGAGCCUCCAAGCCAACCAAAUGGUCCCAUCUUAGGCUACAGGCUGCUGUGGACUGAGAGCCCAUCUGGCAAGGAACAGAGUGUGGAGGUGAAUGCAGGCAACUACAAAAUGGACGGACUUAAUACGUUCACAGAGUACACAGUUCGAGUUUUUGCGAUCAACCGCUAUGGACCAGGCACUGCAUCAGAGACUGCCCGCGUCACAACCCAGUCAGACAUACCCAGUGCCGCUCCACAGAACAUCACCAUAGACGUUGUCCUAUCCAGGAGCAUCAAGGUGUCGUGGCAGCCGCCUCCACGCAGUGCCCAGAAUGGCAUCAUUACCGCCUACAAGAUAAAAUAUAGGAAGACUGGUCGCCGUGGAGACCAAGAGGCCAUUGAACCCAACAACCUUUGGUAUCUGUUCACAGGUCUAGAAAAGGGCAGUCAGUACAGUUUCCAGGUAGCAGCCAUGACAGCCAAUGGAACAGGACCAGUGAGUGACUGGUACACUGCUGAGACACCAGAGAAUGACCUUGAUGAAAGUCAAGUGCCAGACCAGCCCAGCUCUCUGCACGUCAGGCCGCUUCCCAACAGCAUCAUCAUGUCCUGGACCCCUCCUCUCAGCCCAAACAUUCUAGUUCGAGGUUACAUAAUCGGCUACGGAGUGGGAAGUCCCUACGCUGAGACGGUCCGAGUGGACAGCAAGCAAAGAUACUACUCUAUCGAAAACCUAGAGCCAAGCUCACACUAUGUGAUUUCCCUGAAGGCGUUUAAUAAUGCCGGAGAAGGAGUUCCUCUGUAUGAGAGCGCAGUCACACGAUCUCUGACAGACCCUGUUGACCCAUCUGAGGAUGACCUCUUCCACCUCUUUGAUAAAUACCCCACUCCCAUGCCAGACACCAGCACUCCCAUGAUCCCCCCGGUGGGGGUGCAAGCUGUGGCUCUGUCCUCGGACGCGGUCCGUGUCUCCUGGGCUGACAACUCUAUAAACAAGAACCAGAAGGCGUCUGAGGUUCGGUACUACUCUGUCAAAUGGAAGACCAGCUACUCUACUAGUGGAAAGUACAAGUCUGCAGACACUACAGCUCUCAGCCACACUGUCACUGGCCUCAAACCAAACACUAUGUAUGAGUUUGCCGUCAUGGUAACCAAAGGUCGCAAGUCCAGCACCUGGAGUAUGACUGCGCAUGCCACAACUUAUGAAGCAGCUCCUAGUUCCGCCCCCAAAGAUUUGACUGUGAUCAGUCGUGAGGGACGACCCCGUGCCAUUUUAAUUAGCUGGCAACCACCAAUGGAGGCUAAUGGACGAAUUACAGGUUACAUCCUUUACUACACACUGGAUAAGAACAUGCCGAUAGAUGAUUGGGUGAUGGAAGCAAUAAGUGGUGACCGGCUGACCCAUCAGGUUGUGGAUCUGAACCUCGACACGGUUUAUUACUUCAGAAUUCAGGCCAAGAAUGCCAAAGGAGUCGGCCCGUUGUCUGAGCCCAUCCACUUCAGAACUGCCAAAGUGGAACAUCCAGACAAGAUGGCCAAUGAUCAAGGUCGAGGGGGGGAGCAUGCCUACUGGCCGUCUGACACCAACCUGAUUGACAGGAGCAGCGUCAAUGAGUCUCCCAUCGGACAGAUGCAUCCACCUCACGGCAGCGCCACACCUCAGAAGAACAGUAACCUACUGGUCAUCAUUGUGGUCUCCGUGGGCGCUAUCACUGUUGUUGUAGUCGUCAUUGUGGCACUCAUUUGCACCCGGCGCUCCUCCGCUGCGCAGAGGAAGAAGAGAGCGAGCCACAGUUCCAGUAAGAGGAAGGGCAGCCAGAAGGACCUGCGGCCUCCCGACCUCUGGAUCCAUCAUGAGGAGAUGGAAAUGAAGAACAUGGAGAAAGCUCCAAGUGUUGCCCCGUCCGGACAUGAUUCACCCAUCCAGUCGUGCCAGGACCUCCCCCAAGUCGCACACAGCCAGUCAGAGAGCCAGAUAGGCAGCAAGAGCAGCCACUCAGGUGCUGAUGGUGAUGAGGCAUCCAGCAGUAUUUCCACUCUGGAGCACUCCCUGGCUGCCAGGAGGGGGACACGAGGCAAAAUUAUGAUUCCUAUGGACUCACAGCCUAGCAACACACCGGUGGUCAGUGCCAUCCCAGUGCCUGCUCUUGAUUCAUCUCAGUAUCCUGGAAUCCUGCCUUCACCAUCCUGCGGCUUCACUCAUAACAAGUUCAGCUUGAGACCCAUGCCUUUCCCCAGUCUUACUGUGGACAGAGGAUACACACCAGUGAUGCCUUCAGAUUCUUCCACCAAUCCUAUUCUCCAGCAGCAGCCCCCAGCCCAGCAGGCUCCUCCCCUUCUCCCUGGCGCCCCUGCCCCGCCCGGGGAGCAUGUUCACGGGGUUGGCCCCGUCCCAGGGGCCCCUGCAGCUGUUGCCACAGCUGCAGCUGAAGAGGCCCAGGCUGGGAGUGGCCGGACCAUCCCGACUGCCUGCGUAAGGCCCACGCACCCACUACGAAGCUUCACCAACCCACUGCUGCCACCACCCAUGGGGACCAUUGACCCAAAAGUGUACACCUCCAUGUUGCCACAGUGCAGUACAAGCCAUCAAAAGCCCCAGGUAAAGACAGCCUCUCUAGGUCAGGCCGGUAAAGCUCGCUCCCCUCUGCUGCCUGUCUCAGUCCCUACAGCACCAGACUUAACAGAGGAGGGAGGAUUGAAACCCGCAGAGGAUUCAGCUGCUAAUGUUUACGAGCAGGAUGACCUUUCCGAGCAGAUGGCCAGUCUAGAAGGGCUGAUGAAGCAGCUCAAUGCCAUUACUGGCUCCGCUUUCUAAUCUGUGACCCCAGUCCAGCCCUCAGCCAUGUAUAUCCUGGAACCUUCAGUAAAGGCGGCAACGGAUCAAUCUAGGUUUGAAGACACCUCGGCGAAAUCAGACCUCCAUCUGUGCUGGGUUGAGUUUGUUUGUUUUCUAGUAAUCCUUACUAGUGUCUACUGUGGUGGGACCAGGAUUGGAUUGAAGGGAAUUUAAAAAAACAAUAAACUUAAUAGCAGCACAGCAUCAACUCCAAGAACAGGACAAGAGUGGAGAAGUUUCUUUUGGAGUUCAAACUGAAACCUCUAUUCAACCUGAAACACAAAACUAGAAAGACCCAUUGCCUAGCGCCUUGACUCAGUGACACAGGAUGAUGGGAUUAUAUAAAAAAGAAGACAGUCGUCAGUUAUAUGAUCCUCCUGUUUUCCUUCUUUGUGGUAUUUAUUAGCGUCCUCCUCCGCUGAGUAAUCCACAACUCAGUUACUGUGACUGUACCUCACUUAUGAAUGCUGGUGGAAGUAUUCCUUUUGUCUUUGUUUUUUUGUUUGGGUAUUCCAACAUUGUGCAGUCACAGGAUGUGUAUAUGGCUUGAAAAUGCAACCAGAACCUACAGUAAGAAAUAGAAAACAAAUCCUCAGCCACCAAAGUUUCACCAUAACCGUAUUUUUCUCACUGGAAACCAAGGUUGCAUCUUGAGAUGGCAUAAGGUGAUCUUCAGCAUUUUCUCUAUUCUUUUUAUAUUAUUCAACUUGGUCAUUAUUUUUUUCCUGUCUUGAACAAACUGGUAUGAUUUCACAGACCUAACCAUCACCCACAACCCUUCCACCUAUGGAUCGUGAGGUUUACUAAAAAUAAAGGGAAUAAAGAAACAAGUGUGAGAAUCUCUAGACCAGUCUAAAUCAUCUGGUUCUGGAUCCAGCUUUUACAGGACUUUGUAGAAACCUCUAUAGACUCAGUCUGUUGCUGCUCUUGACCAAGCCUUUACUUUCCUCUAUCCUCAAAAACUCUAAUAUUUACAGUACCUACAAGGACUUGUGUUGUUGCCAAAUUCUAAUUCUGGGAAAUGUCUUGUAACCUUCUUUGUUUUUGCUCCUUCUUCAUAUCUGUCACAUUGUGCUGUGUCACAUUCUGUGCCCCCAGCUGGUUGGAGUGCUGAAGACCGUCUACAAAAUGGAGAACCAUUCAGGGAAGACUGCGUUGUCUGCUUUUAGGACACCUGUAGGUGUCUUCAUGGGAUCUUAUAAUCUCAAUUAUAAGAUUAUUAUAAUGAUCUUAUAAUCUUAGUUAUAAAAUCACCGAAACACUGCAAGAGCUCCCGUCAAAGUAGGAACAAAUAUAAGUGGGCAUUUCUGUGAUGGAAGAAGUAAUUAUGAAGAUGAGCAA